AUGUUGGGAGCCAACUUCGAACCGUGUCACGCUUUUGCGACACCUCGCAACUUCCGCCAGGAGUUCUGCGCUGCUGAAGGCCUCGGCGGCCUCAGCGCCGCGCGUGCCAGGCGCAAGGCAAUCUCUUCCAUCAAGCGCGGCCUUGCGCAAGAGACAGAGGAGGCUGACAAAGCAGAGCUGCAACAAAGGCUGGCGGCAGAGCAAGAGGCUCGCACCCGCGAGCGGAGGGAGCUGGAGAACAGCCUUGAGAGCCUCGAAGCGCAGCUUGCCACCGCGCAGCGCCGCGCGGAGGAAGCCGAGGCGGCGGCACGUGCGGCGGCCACUGCAGUCGCUGUGGCUCAGGACAAGGAUGAUGGCCGCCAGGAGGCCGUGCCACAAAACUCCACCUGCCAGUCUGCGCGGCCGGCGAACGGCCAACAGUGGCAAGACCCAUCGGCUUCAUCUGAGGCGGUCUUCGUGGCCUCUCUUCGUCGGCAGCGCCUCGUUGGGGAGGAUGGAAGUCGGCUCGCAGAGGACCUGCCGGAGCAUGUCCGAGAAGGUGUACAGCGACUAUCGGACAGCCUCUGUGCUGCUGUGGAGCGGCUGGCAAAUGAUCUCUACGAGAGCGAGUGCCACUUUCUGUAUGAGAUUGUACAGAAUGCAGAAGAUGCGCACGCGAGGACACGACCACAGGACUCCACCGAGCCCUGCCUGAGCCUCCGUCUCGGGGCUCCCUGCCCAUCCUUCCCGCACGGUUACUUCAUCAGCGAGAACAACGAGGCAGGUUUCACUGAGCGAGAUGUCACGGCUCUCUGCGACAUCUCUGCCUCAUCGAAAAAGAAGCCCUUGCCGGGAGCCGCCGGUGGAUCUAUCGGUUGCAAAGGCAUCGGCUUCAAGUCGGUCUUUACUGUCAGUGAUCGCGCCCACGUUUUGUCCAAGGGCUUCACCUUCGUCUUUGAUGUGCAGGGGCGCCUGGGAAAGCUAGGCUAUGUGACGCCGACCUGGCUUACGAGCUCAGAGCUUGCGACUUUACCAGCGGAAGUGCAACGUGGACAUGCUCAAGGGAAAACGGUGCUGUUCCUUCCUCUUCGAAGUGCUGGGCUCGCGUCGGCCAUCAGCCAGGAGAUGGACGAGCUGGCGUCACAGGGCCGGGCUUCGUUGCUUUUUCUUCGGCGGCUGCGGCGCAUUGAACUUCUUGGCCAAGCGGCUUCCACCCCCAGGCUCCUCCGCAGUGGCGACCGAUCAGCCAGCGAGAU